AUGGGGCGGCGGCGGCGGGCGGCGCUGCCGGAGCCGGCGGGCGGCUGCUGCUGCUGCCUGGCGGCGGCGCUGCCGCUGCUGCUGCUGCUGCUGCCCGCCGGGUGCCCGGUGCGGGCGCAGAACGACACGGAGCCCAUCGUCCUGGAGGGGAAGUGCCUGGUGGUGUGCGACUCCAGCCCCUCGGCCGACGGCGCCAUCACCUCCUCCCUGGGGAUCUCGGUGCGCUCGGGCAGCGCCAAGGUGGCUUUCUCCGCCACCCGCAGCACCAACCACGAGCCCUCCGAGAUGAGCAACCGCACCAUGACCAUCUACUUCGACCAGGUAUUAGUUAAUAUUGGCAACCAUUUUGAUCUUGCUUCCAGUAUAUUUGUAGCACCAAGAAAAGGGAUAUAUAGUUUCAGUUUCCACGUGGUCAAGGUCUAUAACAGACAAACCAUCCAGGUAAGUUUAAUGCAAAACGGCUACCCAGUGAUUUCAGCUUUUGCAGGGGAUCAGGACGUCACCAGAGAAGCAGCCAGCAAUGGGGUCUUGCUCCACAUGGAAAGAGAAGACAAAGUGCAUCUCAAACUGGAAAGGGGUAACCUCAUGGGAGGGUGGAAAUAUUCAACCUUUUCCGGCUUCUUAGUAUUUCCACUAUAAAACAAGUCCAAAUAGGAGACAGAUCCAUGAGCCAGAGCAAGGAUUCAAUCAUUAACAACACCUUGAACUUGGCAGCACAUGACAAUAUUUCCAGUCACCCCGUCAGACUGUCACUGUAGAAGAAUGAUAACCUUCUAAAACUCCAACAUUUGCUUUGAAUAUUGACAAUUCCUCGGGAACCUGCGCCUCUAAUUAGUUUUAGAUGAAAGUGAUCUUUAGGAGAAAUGAAAUUAUCGACCUGAGCAAUUUGUACCUGUGAUUGUAAAGUCAAUUUCGGAUUUUAUUGUUGGGAUCAUUGACUUACUUACUCUUUUUUUUUAUUCGUUUUUUUUUCCCCUCUCGUUUGUUUUUUUCCUCUUUUUCUUUCUCUUGUUGUUGUCCUAAUGAGACAAAUUACUUGGACCACACAAUUGCUUUGUCAAAGGCUCACUCCAGAGCCAGAAGAAUGAAGCAUUCAGUCCAAUGAGGUGUUCUUUCCAUGCUUUAUUUCUUUGUGUUGUAUAGCCUUAAGGAAAAAAAAGAAAAAAAAAAAGAAAAAAAAGAAAAAAAAAAGAAAAAAGGGAAAAAAAAAAAAAAGAAUGGCUUCAGUCUCAGUCCUGUAUUUUUCUGGGGGAGAGGGAUUCUGGACAUUACUGUGUCAAGAAGUGCUUUAUCCAGUGAAGCAAAAUUUGCACGAUUGGAACCUUAUUUGUUUUGUGUUUGUGUUUUUCAUCGACUUUUUUUUUUUCCUGAUUUUUGUUUGUGUGUGCUAAAAAUGUAAGCUAGACUGAUCAAUAAGACAAAACAAAGCACAUAUAUACCCUGUAGCUCUAAGUAAAGCUAACCAGUGAGCAAUUCUGCCUGCACUUUCCAGCUGAUCUUUAUAGACCUAUUUAGAGAAAGAGAAACAGAGAGAAAGAGCGAGAAAGCUACAUGAUCCUUCAAUUGCAGUCUGGAAACCUGUAAAGGAACUGACAUUUCUGAAUGGUCCUGACAUUUCUAGAAGCAAAAUGGAGGCUUUGAAUAUCUUCUUUGACCAUACCCUAAAAUAUAUAUCCUCUCUUUACAUUA